GUGCUGCGCUGCGCUGUAGUGCGGCGCAGACGGGCGUAAUAGGACCGAGGUCCUUGGGCUGGCCUCUGGGCAGUGAUGUGCGGCGGGGGCAAGUUGCGGAGAAGGUUAUUGGGCUGAUGAUCGCCUAGGACUGACACACGAGCCAGCGGUUGUCGCACUACAGACAGGAAGCCAAGUGACCUGGGGACAGUCGUCAGGCGCAGAAUAGCAGUGCGGCUCCGUGGAAGAAGGUCCUGCGCGCAGAACUUUGGGUGUUGUCAGGUGAGAGUGGCCUUGAUUUAGACUGAAGGACGAGAGUGAGGCAGUAAUGUAAGACGGUGCGAUGCGGUGCGGUACGUCUUGCCAGUUGAGGAGAGCAAACCAAGCCACAAGACCGGGCCUGGAGAGUCGUCGCAGAGUUACAAAAGCCAGAGUCGUCCGUCGGGUUUGGCUUGGGGCUGGCGGUAUCGAUCGCGCAGGGCGGACGUGGACGGCUUUGGCGUCCCGAGGUGAGGUGAGGUCCGAGGCCUGUUUCCAAGGAUGUUGCCGGACAAAACAGGGACUUUGGUCUGCUCUGGUUAUGUCUCUGACGCUUGUCUUCCUCUUAAUGUCUUGUUCCUUUUUUGCGGUUCGAGUCGCAGACAGUGGCUGCGUUCGUCGUGUGUGUGUGUGUGUGUGUGUGUGUGUGUGUGUUUGCGCGCUCACACUUCCUCGAUGCCUGGCCCGUCGGAAUUGGGGAGGUCUUUUUUCUUCUUUUUCUCCCCCUUUCUUUCCUCGGUCAGAAGACGAGGGCAGUGGUCUCGUGCCGGGUCAGGUUGUGGUGCUAGAAAAGAGAGACACCACACCUCACUUUCGGUUUUUACCUUUUUCGCUAAUGAUGGGUAGGUCGGUAAGAGGGAGGUAGGCUGGCUAGGCACCAGAUGCGAAGUUGUGCGUGUGUAGGUGGAUAGGUAGUGGGAGGUGGGAGGCGGAGGACCGGGCAGGGGAAGCGGCGCACCGGGGCCAAAUUGUGAGGCACCAACGGAACGGGGGAACAGACAGCAAAGGAAACUAACUAGUCCUGUUUCCUAGGAAUAGGCCGGGCGGUUACCGUAUCUGGUCUUCUUUCUGUUACCUAUCUGCCGGAAUAUCGCUCUGCUC